AUGCUUGCCCCCAUUAUUACCAAGGAUAUGCGGUUGUUCCCAACCCAUAAAGUGCCGGUGAAAAAUGUUCGAAGUCGUGCUCAAUCUCUUGACCACUUCCAACAAAUUCAGAGCUCGGCGAGCACCAUUGACAGGCUUGUGCCAAUCAAGCCACGAUCUGUGGUUUCUGCUGGAAACAUUUCACAACGGCCGUCGACUAGUCGGAACAAACAAGUGAUGGCGGCCGCGAAAAGUGCUCCACGCAGUCCGCCAAAGUCGAUGAUGUCGAGGAAAUCUACGCUUACGGCGAUCCAAGAAGGAGUUGAAUUGACUGAGCAACCCACGUCGCAUAAAAUUAUUAGCCAUAGUCGGAGCGAAUCGUCGAGCGUCAUAUCGGGGAGAGCUUCCACUACCAAAAGUAGCUCAAAAUCAAAUAGUAACACUAAUUUGGAAGAUAAUGAUGAAGAAUCAGGAGAUAUCGACGAAGAGGACACAAAAAAGAAGCGCGGUGUGCUCAAGUGGAUCACCAACACGUUUCGAAAAUCGUCACGCGAUAAAACUCUUGACAAUCGGAGUACUUCGUCUGGAUGA